AUGAUGAGAAAACGUAUUGCUGUUAUUGGUGCUGGACCAUGUGGCUUAUUUCAAUUAAUUGCUUUAAAAAAUGACGACGUGGAUUUAAUUUGUUUCGAACGUCAAUCUGAAUGGGGAGGAAUGUGGUUCUAUACUGAAGAGAGUAAAACCAGUACAUCUGAAGAACCAGUUCAUACUAGCAUGUACAAACAACUUUGGUCAAAUGGUCCAAAAGAAUUGGUUGAAUGUGUUGAUUAUACAUUUGAUGAACAUUUUGGUCAUUCUACUCCAUCAUAUCAGCCACGUUCAGUUGUGUAUGAUUAUCUUGUUGGACGAGCGGAACGAAAUGAUAUAAGAAAAUAUAUUCGAUUUCAAACAGCUGUUCGUCAUGUGAAUAAUGAAGAAGGAAACAAAUUUCGCGUGACUGUUGAGGAUUUGAAAACAAAAACUCGUGAAGAUUUGAUAUUUGAUUAUGUUAUUGUUGCACCGGGUCGUUAUGCAACACCAAAUAUUCCUCAAUUUGAAGGAAUGUCACAGUUUUCUGGUCAUGUUCUUCAUUCGAAAUAUUUUCAUGACGCAAGUCAAUUUGUCCAUCAGCAUGUUCUCAUUAUCGGUAGUAGCUAUUCAGCUGAAGAUAUUGCUUUACAAUUAUAUAAAUUUGGUGCAAGCACUAUAACAAUUAGUUAUCGAACAAAGCCUUUGGGAUAUAAAUGGCCAGAUGAAAGAAUAAAAGAAGUCCCGUUAUUGAUACGUUUCCAAGAUCGUUUUGCAUAUUUUCGAGAUGGAACAAAAAGUGAUCAUGAAAUCGAUAGUGUCAUAUUUUGUACAGGAUAUAUACAUGAUUAUCCAUUUAUGGCUGAACAUCUUCGUCUUGAUUGUCAAACGAAGGUUCUUUCUCCACCUAAUUUAUACAAAGGUAUUAUUUGGUCAAAACAUCCUAAUCUGGCCUAUUUGGGAAUGCAAAGUUUAGUCUUUCAAUUUACAAUGUUCGAUAUUCAAGCUUCAUUUGUACGUGACGUCAUUCUUGGCCAUGUGACGCUCCCGGAUGUUGAAAUAAUGGAUCAAGAUAUUGAACAAUGGAAAGAAAGGGAGAAAAAAUUAGAACAUGGUAAUGGUAAAAGUGAAUUUUAUUACCAAAUCAAUUAUAUGCAAGAUUUACUAACACAAUGUCAUUCUCCACCUCAAUUUGAUAUCAAUCGAGUUAUACUUGGUGUUGAAGAAUUAGUAAAACAUAAAAUAGACAAUGUAUUUACUUAUCGAGAUCAUACAUUUGCAUCAAUUGUCACAGGUAAAAAGGAAUUUCAUGGCAAUAUUAAUAAAUCAUGGUUAAAUAAUUUUGCUGAUGCGAAAGAAGAAUUCUUCAGCACGAUUACAUUGGCAAAUGAUAAUACAGUUGACGAUGAAGAACCUGACAUCAAAGAUGUUAUUCAAUGA